AUGAAAAUUGAACUAGAACCACCAGCAGAUCCUGAGUCAACUGAAAGGAAAUUUAAAAGAGUAUAUGUGUGCUUGGGGGCUCUGAAACAAGGUUUUAAAGCUAUUGGAAGAGAUAAGUUGGGACUUGAUGGGGCUUUCAUAAAAUGUCCAUAUCCAGGCCAGGUUCUUAGUGUAGUUGGGGUUGAUCCCAAUAAUGGCAUUUACCCUGUCUCAUAUGCUAUAGCAGAGGCUGAAACACUAGACUCUUGGACUUGGUUUCUAGAAUGCUUAGGUGAUGAUUUGGAUUUGGAAGCCAAUUCAAACUUUACAUUCUUAAGUGACAGGCAAAAGGGCAUUAUUCCAGCAAUUAUGAAGGUCUUCCCACUUGCUGAGCAUAGAUUUUGCCUAAGACACAUCUAUGAAAACAUGAGAUUACAAUUCAAAGGAAGGGCCUUCAAAGACCUUUUGUGGAAAUGUGUAACAGCAACAACUGUUGUUGAAUUUGAAAAGGAGAUGUAUGCUUUAGAAAGUUUCAACAGAAGGGCAACAUCUGGUAUGUUGUUCAACAAUAUGUGUGAGGUGUUCAAUUCAAAGAUACUUGAAGGAAGGGACAAGCCCAUCAUUGCAAUGUUAGUAUUCAUUAGAGAGUACUGCAUGAGAAAAAUUAUUAAUGUUCUUCGGUUGAUUGAGAGCAGUGAUGGUUUACUAACACCAUAUGCAACUGAGUUGUUUGAGGAAAUUAAGAAGGAAGCUACCAGGUACACUAUAAUUUGGAAUGGUGAAGGGCACUAUCAAGUAACUGGUGGUGUUAAUCAGUAUGUGGUGAACGUGGAACAGAGGACAUGCAGUUGCAGAAGAUGGGAACUCAAUGGCAUACCUUGUAGACAUGCUGUGACAGCCAUUUGGAACAAAGCUUCACAUGGGCAAGUGGGCUUACCAGAAAGCUUUGUCCAUCCUGUUUAUAGGAUGGAUAGGUGGAAGCAAGUUUACACAUUCAAGGUGUAUCCAAUUAAUGGUAAGUCAAUGUGUCCAAGAUCUCUACUGCCAGCAACAAUCACACCACCAUAUUACCAUAAGUCUGUUGGGAGGCCAAAAAAAGCAAGGAGGAAAGCAGCCUCAGAGUUAGAGGACAUCACAGACGGUCGGAGACUAAGGAAGGUUGGUACAUCAGGUAAUUAG